AUGAACGACCCGUUUUUCGACGACGAUGACGGCGAAUUCGACGAUUUAUACGGAAAUCCCCCUCCGUCAGCGUCGUCUUCCGCUGUGAGGCAAAAACCGCGUAAUUACGAGGCUACAGAAGCUCAGCCAGUUACACCAGAUGGUCGGCCAUCUCUAUGGAGUCCUAUGGCGUCCAGUAGCGUCGUAUCCAGGUCUUACGUGCAUGAUAAAUCAGGUUUUUCGACCAGCAACACAACGGACGCAACAGACUCUGGAAAGCAGGAAAAGAGACGCAAAAGAAACAAAAAAUCACGUCACAAAACUAGUCAAGAGCUAUUUGAUGUACAGUGGGAAUCUGAUGUCAAAGCAGUCAAGUGUGGUCUCUGCAAGUCGGACUUUUCACUUGUAAGACGUAAACAUCACUGUCGUUAUUGUGGACGUAUCAUGUGUUCAGACUGCUCUUCAUUUUUGUUCUUUGAGCUUUCACGGCGGAAGCACCGAGUGUGUUCGGCGUGCAACAACCAGCUCCUGGCUGAACAAGAUGCUUACGAGCGCGAAACGAUGACAGCAGGUGAUUCGACGCUGAAUGUGGUUGCAGACUCGAGUAAUGGUGAACGGUUGGCGUCAUUAGCACGGACUUCGACGUCUAAUGAUAAUGAUGAGAAGGCACGAAAGAAACAGGAGGAGAAUUUACGCAAGGAAAAGAAAAGAAGAGAGCAAUUACAGAAGAAUGGAGUGGCUGCAAAGGGUCCAACAACAGCAACGGCGUUUUGGAAUCAAUCAGUUGGUAUCGGAAAUAAGCUGACGACAGCAGAUGGAGAAAUUAUUGACGAUGCUGACGGGGAUUGGUUUACUGAUGUGCCAGAUCAACAGAUAAGCUCUCGAAAUAGUGUUGAAGCCUACAGCGAGAAGGGCUGGAGGGAUCGUGUUAAGGAUACGUACACAGUCACGCCUACAAGCAAGCAAACGCCAGUUCCCGCACAAACAGCUCACAGCUUGCUUUCAUCUGGAAUUACAGGCAAGAGUUAUAUGUCGGAUCAAUUUCGAUAUGAUGUAAGUAGGCCGGAACGUGGGCACGAUGGUGACAUCUCUGCUGAAAUGCCUCGACCACAGCAACAGAUUGCAACAUUAGCGUAUACUGAUCGCGGUGAACAGCCCAGUGGGCUAUCCGGAGAUGGAUACUUUUCUGAGCAAUUUCAGUAUGAUGAUGUGGGUGGCCCAGGACUUGGUCACGAUGAUAAUCACUCAACCACUAUGCCUCGACCGGAGCAACAAUCAAUGACCACACCCUACAGUUACAAAAGUGUGAGACGUAGUCCAAAGCAGUUGGACGAAAGCACUUCCCAUGAGCAGGGUUUUCAGGCACGAUUCACCUUUACAGACAUAUUCAGCGCAACAAAGCGCCGGGAAUCGACAGCAAAAAGGAGGGAAAAGAAAGCAGAGGCUAGCAAUCCUCGGGCCCUAAGCAACCAAAACAUGACGCUGGAUGAAUUAAACUCAUCGUCCUCGUCACGAGAUGGAUCUUACACGCUGGCACCGACUGUGUCUACCUUGAAUCCUGAUCAGCCGACAUUUUACGACCAAGAUGCAGACGAAUUGGUCGUUGACGAAUCGCCAGGGUAUUUUGAGGCUACGAUGGAAGAGCGAGAAGCGCAGCACAAGAAAGAAGAGAGACAAUAUGAACAUCUUGCUCGCGAUACAGCAUGGGCGAAUAACUCAUUGCUGCCAACGACUGUACAUCGCUUUUCAAGCAAGCAAGAUUCAUACAGUAUCGCAAAUCCUCCAUCGCAUACUUCAAGCUCUCCUAUUGAACAUCAAAGUGGUGAUGUAAAAAAUGACACCGGAGGAAGUGAAAAGACAAAGAGCGGCUUCACCGGUGCGCUUAAGCGCUUCUUUGGUAUGGGGUCAAAGAAGGCAUCUACUCCGCCAAAAAAUCUUGCUAAAACACCGCAAGCAGCUGGAGCUGCUCCUCCAAAGAAAGACAUCGCUGAGAACUACGCUUCACCUGUAUUAGGUGCUAAUUACCAUGAUAGCACGAUUACAACCGAGUCAGUUUCAGGUGGGUUGCUACGGCGCACUGUUGCAAACUACAAUGAUGAUUAUCAAGAAAAGCCAGUUACACAAGCGAACUUUAGAAACACUAUGACCGCGCUUGUCGACUCAAACUCUCGCGUGGAGGUCACAUUGCCUUCAAAUGUUGGUGAGUCGAAGCAGCAUCACCAGAAACAGGAGCCGGAGCAUAAACGUCGAGGAACGUUCGAUGAACUUUUCAUGUCGCCAAAAGCCAACAUCGACGAUUUUUCAGGCCGGUUCAGUACAGACGGUAGGAGUAAUUGGGCUGCUCAAGAGAACACAAAUGUUGGUCAAGCAUCAUUCGGUGCAGUUGAUGUUGCUCGUUUUGACCAACGAAGGCCUGCCGACAUAUCCGAGGAAUUUGUGCCGGGAAACGGGUCCCUGUCUUUUAUUUCAUCGAGUCAGCCUGCUGAUGAUUCUACUGAGGCAUGGAGGGAAUCUGCAGCCAUGUCAUUGCUAAAUGAUAAAAAAGUUGCAUCCGAAGCAGAGGAAUCUGGUUUUACCUGGAGCAAUAUAGGAUCAUCCUCUGGACUUGGAACUGCAACAUACGCUGUGCCGACGAUCCUCCAGCCUCGUGCAGUCUACAGCGAUACUAUCGGGACUUCCACUCGAUACGAGACUCCUGCUACCCUUGGCGGCAUUAUGGAUGACUUGAAGUAUGGUUCGGUUUUGAACAAGCCGCAAGGCACGGAAUCAAUUGAUGAUUUCUUUGCCGAGUCUGAACAAACCAACAAUUACGUUUUUGACUCUACCACGGGAAGCUACGUGGCAGCUCGGGUUCCAGCACGCGUAGUGGCUCCUAGAAGAGUCAAGCGGUCAAAGUCAACAGAAUUGCUAGUGCUGGAAAAGAUUGCCCCCACAACGAGUAAUCACGGCUACAACGAUCCGUCUCUAAUUGCUGGGACAGCUAUUGCAACCAACGACAAUGGUGAAGAGGUUGAAGAUGAUGUUGCUGAAAUUAUUGUGGACAAAAUCAGCUCUUUAGAGAGCGAGCUCGCAGCAUUGAAGCAGUUGAUUCGCACUCGGAAAGGAGGCGGGGGAAGUCAGUCGCGUAAGCCACGAGUCAGUCGUAGUAUUGUAGACUCAAUUGUUCGCAAAGACAGCAUUUUUGACAACGGUAGCAGUGACGAAGAAAAUGGCGCCUCCUACACUUCGUCAAUUCGCUCAGUGGUGGAGCGGGGGAGUAAGCGAAAAUCUGGCAGCAAGAAGAAGUUUGCCAAACCACGCAAGGAUUCUUUCGCUAAUUUAUUCGAGGACAGCCCGAACGAACACAAAGUGUUUGGCGGCGCAACUAGCUACGAAGCUCUCUUUCAAACAGAAGAAAAGCUGACCGACAUAAGUAAAGAUGAUGUCAGUGACGAUGACGUAGACCCUAUACAACCACCAAAGAGCAAGACUGCAAAAUCGAGGCAUUCAAGUCGCAAAACUGACGAAGAUGUGCAUUCCAAUGAUUCUGGUUCGGAGCCAGAACUCGCGUCCUUAAAGAAGAGGCGAGGGAAAUUGUCAUCUCGGCGGAAGACGCGUGAAUAUCUGAAUGAUACGAGCUCCAACAUGGAUGAAGGAAAGCUGGUGACAUCGCCUUCGAGACUGGGUGCAAAGUUGGAGAGCACAAAUAAACAUAUUGAGGAGGAUGAUCCGAUUGAUGCUCUAUUUGACAACUCGAAUGAUCAGGAUGUGACCAAAUUGUACGGUAAGGAUGAAAAUCACGAUGGAAAGGACGAGUAUUCCGUGCUUGAGCCAAACCUUGCGCCUAUUUCAAUGAGUAAAAGUGUUUUGCGCAGUCAGAAGUCUUUAUCGGAUGCUGAGGCAAGUAGCGAAGGCUCGCAUUUCACGGUUAAUGAUGUUCCUGCAGCCUACGCACUUCCAACAGCGUUUCUUGCAGAUGCAUCGUCGAGCGGAAUGUCAGUUGGCGCGCUGGAGGAUGAGACACCAAAUUUCAGUCUGACAGAUGGAGAUUUCAAGCUCCAGCCUGUUCUCGAAAGGAAGCACAUGAAGAAGCCAGCUACUGAAGCUGUGGUCACGAACGAAAAGAAGCAACAUGACGAAGCGGACGUUCCUGCCUCCGUGAAUCCAGCACCAGUUGAUGACGCUAUACCAAGUCCAAAAGCCAAAAAGGUAGCCUUGACUGAAGAGGCAAGUGGCACAGUGAGACAUUUAUCGCUUCCCAACUUGGGACUGAUUGAAGAGCCUUCAGACAUGACCGAGAAGGUCGUAAGACAAGACGAUGCUGCUUCCGACAUCUUGUACAAGUCUAGAGACGUGGAGAUCUUGUCACUAUCUUCAUCGUUGGGUCUAAAAACGCCCGAUCAAGAAGAAGUCGGCAGCGAUAGUGAGAAUGACAACAAGGAAAUUCUCUCUGGAAAUGAUGAGGCUUUUAGUUUUGAGAUCCAGGCUCCUAUGAAGCGGUAUUCUGGUGAUGUACCGACUUCCAUUUCCAGCGUCCAAUCUGUGUCAGAGUAUAGCAAGUCGUCUCGUCCGUCCGUAACAUCGUCAGCUAAUGAUGGACCAUCCUCGCGCAACCCGUCGAUAGAUAGCAAUCUCGAUGACCCUGAGGAUACUACGGUAGAUGGCAACUCAGUGCUAGGCAAAGUUGAGCUGCAAGCAUUCGACACGGAUUGGCAGCAAAUGCAGGCGGAGGAGAAAGAGCGCAAGAAAAGACUGCAAGUCAAGCAGCGCCAAGCUCAGCGAGACAAGCUACUACGAAAGCAGGGUGCAUCCACAAAAUCUCUCUCUGGUAGCAAUGCUACGCAUGGCUCAAGCAAAAGCAAGUUAAAGAGCGGCAAGAAGAAGAAAAAAACCAAAGAGAAAGAUGACGUAACUUCAUCCUCUUCACAUCACACGAAGAGCGGUUCGUCACGAAAGCACCGCCGAGAUGCCACUGAUAGUCGAUCCGAGCCUCCACGCUUAUUAACAGAACUUUGA